AUGAAUAAACUAGAAUUUGCCUUUAUGCUUGUGAUUUGGAACGAUAUUUUACAAAGUUUUAAAAAAGUCAAUAAGGUUUUGCAAAACGAAGACCUAACACUACUGACAUGCGCGAAUUUGUAUAGAUCAUUGUGCGAUCAACUGGAGAAAAUGCGUGAUAAUUUCGACACUAUUGAAAUGCGCUCUAAGGAACUUCUACCUGAUGGCAGCUACAUGAUUACACGAAAACGAAUUCGCAAAAAAAUGGCUAACGAUGGUAAUACUCCCGAUGUAGAUUUAAGCUCGAAUGAUAAGUUUCGAAUAAACGCUUUUUAUGUUAUUAUCUAUAAGUUAAGAAUACAAAUGGAUUCCAGAGGUCAAAUAUAUAAAGAAAUUUCUACACGAUUUGAUUUUCUUUGCACAAGCAAUGAAAAAGUCAACGUUUUAGCCUGUGCCCAGCGUUUGGUGUCAAAUUAUCCGGAAGAUUUAAAUUCAGAACUUUCUGACGAGUUAAUACAAUUCCAUCGUUAUGUGAUGCAUAAAAAUGGCAAUAGUUUUAAAUUUUUCAAUCAAGCUAAUUUAUAUAAGAUUAUGUGGGAAGAUAAAAUUACAUCAGCGUUUCCGAACGUAGGCACAGCAUUACGUUAA